CCCGCCGCCCCUCGCCCCACGCCCCGCGCCCAGCGCCGAGGAGGUGGACGAGGUGGAGGAGGGAGAGCAGGAGGGCCUCGCGGGCGUCUCCUCCGCCCGCCGCCCCCUCUCCGUCCCCGCCGGAGGCGCGGCCACUGCGACCCAUGCGAGCGCGGCCGGAGGGCAGAUUUGAUAAUGGGCUGCAUUAAAAGUAAAGAAAACAAAAGUCCAGCCAUCAAAUAUACGAUUGAAAACCCUCCAGAGCCUAUCAGUACAAGUGUCAGCCAUUAUGUAGCAGACCACACUACAGUGACACCAUCAUCAUCAGCAAAGGGAGCUUCGGUUAAUUUUAGCAAUCUUUCCGUGACACCAUUUGGAGGAUCCUCAGGAGUAACUCCUUUUGGGGGAGCAUCUUCUUCAUUCUCUGUGGUGCCAACUUCAUAUCCAACUGGCUUAACAGGUGGUGUUACUAUAUUUGUGGCCUUAUAUGAUUAUGAAGCCAGAACUACAGAAGACCUUUCAUUUAAGAAGGGGGAAAGAUUUCAAAUAAUUAACAAUACGGAAGGAGACUGGUGGGAAGCAAGAUCAAUUGCUACAGGAAAGAACGGUUAUAUCCCUAGCAAUUAUGUAGCGCCUGCAGAUUCCAUUCAGGCAGAAGAAUGGUAUUUUGGCAAAAUGGGAAGAAAAGAUGCUGAAAGGUUAUUGCUGAAUCCUGGCAACCAACGAGGUAUAUUCUUAGUAAGAGAAAGUGAAACUACUAAAGGUGCUUAUUCCCUCUCUAUUCGUGAUUGGGAUGAGGUAAGGGGCGACAAUGUGAAACACUACAAAAUUAGAAAACUUGACAAUGGUGGAUACUAUAUUACAACCAGAGCACAAUUUGAUACUCUACAGAAAUUGGUGAAACACUACACAGAUCAUGCUGAUGGUUUAUGCCACAAGUUAACAACUGUUUGUCCAACUGUGAAACCCCAGACUCAAGGUCUAGCAAGAGAUGCUUGGGAAAUUCCUCGAGAGUCAUUGAGACUAGAGGUUAAACUAGGACAAGGAUGCUUCGGUGAAGUAUGGAUGGGAACAUGGAAUGGAACCACAAAAGUAGCAAUUAAAACACUAAAACCAGGUACAAUGAUGCCAGAAGCUUUUCUUCAAGAAGCUCAGAUAAUGAAAAAAUUACGACAUGACAAACUUGUUCCACUAUAUGCUGUGGUUUCUGAAGAGCCAAUUUAUAUUGUCACGGAAUUUAUGUCAAAAGGGAGCUUAUUAGAUUUUCUUAAGGAAGGAGAUGGAAAGUAUUUGAAGCUUCCACAACUAGUCGAUAUGGCUGCUCAGAUUGCUGAUGGUAUGGCAUAUAUUGAAAGAAUGAACUAUAUUCACCGAGAUCUUCGGGCUGCUAAUAUUCUUGUAGGAGAAAAUCUUGUAUGCAAAAUAGCAGAUUUUGGUUUAGCAAGAUUAAUUGAAGACAAUGAAUACACAGCAAGACAAGGUGCAAAAUUUCCAAUUAAGUGGACAGCUCCUGAGGCUGCACUAUAUGGCCGAUUUACAAUAAAGUCUGAUGUGUGGUCAUUUGGAAUUCUGCUGACAGAACUAGUAACUAAGGGAAGAGUACCGUAUCCAGGUAUGGUCAACCGAGAAGUGCUGGAACAGGUCGAACGAGGGUACAGGAUGCCCUCCCCUCAGGGCUGCCCAGACUCCCUCCAUGACUUGAUGAAUCAAUGUUGGAAGAAGGAACCUGAUGAAAGACCAACAUUUGACUAUAUUCAGUCCUUCUUGGAAGACUACUUCACUGCUACAGAGCCACAGUACCAGCCAGGGGAAAAUUUAUAAUCCAAGUAGCCUGUUUUAUAUGCACAACUCUGCCAAAAUGUAAAGAACUUGUGUAGAGUUCUUCACAUCCAGGAAUCAGAAAGAAGAAAAUCUUCACUCUGCAUGUUUCUAAUGGUAAACUGGAAUUCCAGAUACAGUUGCACAAAACCACUUUUUUCCCCAAGUGUUAAACUCUAAAGUACCAAUGAUGAAUUUUUCAGCUUAUUUCGGGGUUCAAAGAAAGAAAAGUUAAUGAUGGCAGUGUGAGUGAGGGCAUGGUAAGAGCGCAAUAAGGCUACUACUUAUAAUCAUUUCUUUAUCUCUAUACUCACCAUUAUUAAAAUUAUUUAUUGUUAUAGGAAAAACUUGAGAGGUAAAAAUUUUUACACCACAGUAAAAUAUAAAAAUAAGGAACUUUUUGGGACCAAAUAAUUCCAUUCCAGUGUUUUUUUUUAAAAAAUCUUGCAUUUAUUAUUCUCAAAAGUUUUUUUUUAUGUUAAACAGCUAAUAUGCAGUCUUAGCAUAUAUCUUCCUUUUGUGCAGGAAUGGGCCAAGGUUUCUCAAAGCCAAAAAAAAAGGAUUAUAAACAACUUCUAAUUCUUAUGUUAGACCUCAGCAGGGGAAUUCAAAAAUAUAAUGCACUGUGCUCAUACUCAUAGUAUGGAACUGACAAGUACAAAAAUAUUUUCAAUCAUUUUCUGAUUAGUUCACUUUAGAAUAGGAAAGGUAACUAGAAAUGAGUUAAAUCUUUUAUAAUGUUUCAUUGCUUUUUUAAAAGGCAAUAUAUAAAUGAAUUGUACUGUCCAAUCCGUGGGAAAAAUCUUUCAUCUUUACAUAGCAUGAAAACUAAGAUCCAGCAUUUAAGCAGACCAUUUUUUAAAAAAAUGCUUGGUACUGUGAGAUAUUGCUAAUGUGUUCUUAUGGGAGUGGGUGCCACAAAUAGAAAAUAUCACCAGAUCAGGGACUUGAAUGCACUUUUGCUAGUAUUGAGUAUAGAAAGAAGAAAAUGUAUUUAAAAGAAAUAGGAGAAAAGAAAAUGUGAAAGUUUUACAGAUAGAGGGAUGGAAUAUGUGUUUAGUGUUGAUGUCAUGGGGUGACAAAUGGCUUCUUUGCUGGCACUCAGAGCUCCUUACUUAGCUGUUUUCUGAGACUUUAAGACUGAAAGACUAAUUUCUCUUAACAUACACACUAAAGAGUGCUAAUCUCAAAGUGGUGAAGCAAAGACUUCACACUAAACACAGCUUUUAUGCAAAACCUUUGUAAAACUGCAGUUUUCACAUCCCUGUUUGAAUCUUCAUAAACAUUUUAGCUAUUCUAGAUGGUUAUCAUUUACCCCUUUAGAAUAUAUUGAUUUUAAAAGGAAAAUAUAUUCUGAAUAAUAGUAGUAAUUUAAAAGGAGGGGACAGUUUUUGCCCACUUAACAGUUCAGAAGUGACAUAUAUAAAAUAAAGACUGAUUUUUCUGGCUCAGAAAGAAAUUCCAAAUAUGGAUUUGAAUAGCAGCAUCACUGGUUUAAGAAUCUAGCAAAAGAGAAACUAAAUCUGAUUUUUAAAAAGUCUAGUAUUUAUGUUUUAAAGUAUCAUAUUUUAUAGUCAGACUUUUUUAAACAUGAGACUCCCCUUUUUCAACUUAGAGUUUUAACUAUCACUGUCUCAUUUAUCAUUAAAUUUAGAAUUCUUUGGCAUGGGAUGUAUGUUUAAGCUAAAACAAUUUUAAAAUGUAACAAAUGAACUUCAUGCAAGUUGGCAACAGUUCUGUUACCAAACAUAAUAGUUCCUUCUUUUUUUCCUAUAACCUGUUUAGUGUUGCAUACUCUCUCCCCAGAGGGUCUCCUAAGAAGAGUGCCAUCAUUAUUGCCCAUAUUGUCUACAACUGUGACAUGUGUGUUCAAAGGGCUUUACAUCAACUAUGAUAUGGUAGAUUUUCUAAGCAUUUUUAAAAAGGUAACAAAAUCAUGUUUAUGUACUAAUUCUGAUCAUUUAAAAAAAAUAAGCCAACAAAAGUUGAUGGUAUUCCUUAUAUUUUAAUUGAAUGGAGCAGUUCCUUGUAAUAAUAAUUGCAUUGGAAGGG